AUGGACCCAAUUACGAUGUUUGGGCUCAUCGCCAGCGCGCUGAGCGUGGCAGAGAUCACGACUAAAGUUGGCAUGGGCUGUCGGCACUUGCAAAUGGAAUUUAGCGGUGCCCUUGACCAUAUCGACAGCAUUUCUCAGCAGACCAGCACCAUCGAUCUGGCGAUUAGAGAGAUAUGUUCUAUCUAUAAUCAGCGGCCUCAGACCUUCCCGUCCUCAUUCGAGUCACACCUCAGUGACUCAAUAUCCGCAGUCGAUACCAUCGCCGGGCAAAUACAAGAUCAUGUCCAUUCGGUCAGGACGGACGCUGAAACAUCAAAGAGCAGGGCAAAAUUAAGGCAUCUGCGUAAAUCAGCCCAAGUCAGAGAAUGGGGUGCCACUUUGGUAGUACAAACGCAAGCAUUAAUGCUAUUACUCCAAGUUGCUCAACUACACUCAAAUGAUGAGAGGACAACGGUGCUGGAGAAAGAAUCUAGCAGAGAAGUGUUUGAGACAGCAUCAUCCAUGUCCGCCAAGUUGACCAUUUCUUCGUCCAAGCUCUGCAGAGAGGAUGAAUUCACCAAGUUCUCUUUCGACUCUGUGUUGUUAGAGUCCAAAGUUUACCGUCGCGCAUUCGAAUCUUCCUGGAUCCGGGAAGUGAGCACUGUACUCGAAGAUGAGAAUGGGUCCAAUAGCGGUGGGACUGCCUCCAUCAUGUCCGUCUCUUCCAACAGCGCAAUUGCCAGCGAAGGUGACUGUGCAAGCUCAUUCAGAGAUUUUGAUCUCUCUGGUCCGGAAUCAGACAAUAUCAAGGAGCCUCCGAUGCCAGAGUGUUCUUACGCUACAGCCUUCAGUCGCCCUUCGCCAACGCUCGAGACAUCGGCGAGCAGUUGGCAUGAGCAAACCGGAGAGUCGUCAACUGCGAAUCCGACCAGAUCAACGCUGGCUACAACCACCUCAUCUCUUGACGAAAGGGCACGCAUCGGUCUAGAAUACAACAAGGACAAGCUUCUACACAAAAAUCCCGUGGUCUCAGUUGUCGUUGAGGGAAUCGGCACAGCCUCCACCGAACUCGUCGUUCGAGAACCAUCGGAUCACUUCGAUAAGUCACAGGAAGCAAUACUACACACAAGAGACCGUGUGCUUCUAGAUGCGGGUGUUGACUUCGGUUCAUACUGCGGAGUUGUCCGUAUCAGCGCCGCCAUCCAAACAGGUGGCCAACUUGAUGAGCACCGAUUCCCACUCACUCUGGGAUUCCUGGAAUACGUGGUCAACAAGCUGAGAGACGGAUCGUAUGACAGUUUUAGCAUUCUGGCGCGAUUCGCAUCACCCGAAUUGUCGAGAAGUGGACCGAUGAAUCUAAUCCAAGUUGGACUGAACACUCUACACCAGCCAUAUCACUUCGAUUUCCCAUCUCAGGCCACUUUGCCGUUCACUGAGACCUCAGCACCCGGAAAUCGAGUAAACGGUGGCUUUAGCUCUGUGUUCAAGGUCGCAUUAGACCAUACACACUCGAACAUUUUGGGUAUUCGAGACGACAACUCGGACGGCAGGCUCCCCACUGGUUGUUUUGCUGUCAAACAACUUCAUGGCUCUUCAAGGGCCGAGUUCGAAAGAGAAGCUGAGGUUCUGAAGGCCUUAUCAAACCCGGGACACCCCCAUAUCGUCACACUCCUCGCAACUUACCACUGGCGCGGUAAUUACUAUCUUCUCUUCCCCUGGGCCGAGUGUCAUUUGCAAGACUACUGGAGAUGCCAUCCAUCCCCGGCCGAAAUUCAAGAAUCCGAAGCUCGAUCAGAUCUCCACCGCUGGGCAUUUGAACAAUUGGUGGGAAUUCCUGAAGCCCUCGAGUCUAUCCACUCCGCCUCCAAGCUCCAGGGUAACACCGGAGCCGAGUGGAUGUUCUCGGAACCGGCUGAUACCAGUAAUUACCGCCAUGGCGACAUAAAACCAGAGAAUGUCCUGUGGUUCAAAGAAUCUGGCGACAGCAAAGGAAGGGGCAUUUUGGUGAUCUCUGACCUUGGACUCGCUAAGGUCCACAAUUCAAGCAUCGGCCUGACCAGCCCUGCGACACGGCGAGGUGGUACCGAAACAUAUGGAGCACCAGAGCUCAAGCACCACCACCCGGGCCAUCGUCUGUCUUCCGCUUACGACAUAUGGUCGUUCGGGUGUGUGCUGAUGGAGUUCGCUUGCUGGCUAACUGGUGGGAGGAAAAUGCUCGAGGCGUUUAAGCGAUCACGAUACAAACAAACACGCCACGGGACCUUCUUCGAAGUGAAAAAUGGCGAGAUAGCCAUAAGUCCGCCUGUAUCCAGGCAGUUCAAGACGCUGCGUCACAGAAUAGCAGUGCUGGAUCCGCCUCUGCCAAAGGCACUUGGUCAGUUGGUUGACACCAUCGAGUCAUGCUUCGAGAUCGAUGAAUGGAAGAGACCGUCCGCAGCGGUGAUGGCGUCCCAACUGCGAGCCGCACAUGCGAUUCUGGCUGCGGAUCAGGCGUCCAAUGGUCAAGGCAGGGACGACCCUGGCGUUGUGGAAGUUGCUUGA